GAGAGCGAGGGAUAGAUAGGUUCCAGUACGUCACGCGGAGUAGCGGUGCUAGUGUAAGCGGCUGGCUGGCGAGGCAGUGCCGGCAGGCAGCAACUACAAAGAGCAGAGCGACGACGACGGCACAACUAGCUCAAAUCGGUUGGAUCCGCCCUGCCACGGACGAAGACCUGCGAGGACUCUCCCGGCAAACUGAAACACCAGUUCCCGCUGCCGGUGGGACUCGACCAGGCUGGUAGUUGUGCAUCUUGGGCUUCUUCUUGAAGUGGAUCCGCCGAAUGUCUUCGAAGAUGUCCUCGGUGUGUAGUACCAGGACGUGAAUGAUGUCUUGAACGUAUUCCAGGACCGUCAUGAAUCUGCGGGACACUGGUGCUGUCGCUUGCCGUGGUACGGUUGUUGUUGUCGUGUUCUCUGAGAUCUUCUUUGCAAGCACCUAAAACGUUUUAGAUUUUUUUUUUUUUUUUUUUUUUUUGUGCCAUUUGAAGAUUGGUUUGGAGAUUUGGACAGCCCGUGUAUCGUGGUGUUGUCUGUUGGAAGCUGUCCACUGCUGCUACCGCUACUUCAGCAUCCGUUGGAGGUGGUCUUGCGCCGCUGGAGCUGCUGGUUUAUCCCCUGGAGAGAGCAAUGCGAAGACGGCGUUCGGCGCCAGCGUCCCUUCGUCAGCGCAGCCGGAGGACCGAGGCGUAGCAAAACAACGCAUUAUGGUUCUGCCGCACGUCGCUUCAGCGCCGGCCGCACAUCGGGAACUACGACUACUCUCGGUGCGAGCAGACGGAUGGGUUGCGCCUCUCACAAUGUCUACAACACUCCCGGCGCCUCUAACUUCCGCCACACCUCCCGAGAGCCAUUCCGAGACGGUGUCGCCGGGACAACCCUUCUCACCGCCAUGAGCGCCACGUCCCGCCACCCGACCCGCCGCCCGACCUGACCAGGAGGACCUCGGCCCCCCCCGCCAGCCAAUGGCCGGCCAGAAGGUCAGCUACUCGACCCGCCGGUCGUACCCCGACGAAGAGCGUCCCUCGGUGCGCAUCUCCCUUCAGCCGUCGCAGUUCCAGCUCCCGACCUACCGCCACUCCUCUGGCGGCAGCGUCAGCCUCAGCACCCGCCGCUACUCGGGCCUCCUCCCCGUGCUCUUCGACCGCGCCGCACGCACCUGGUGGGACCCCUGCUUCGACUCGCACAUCCUCGAGGAGCAGUACAGGCGGAGCACGUUCCCGCAGCUGCGUCAGCGGUUCCAGUACGCGCUCUGUUACCUUGUGCUCGCGUCCCUCCUCUACUGCAUCUACUCCGCGAGCAUGGUCCGGCCACACUGGGUCGCUUCUGUCGUCGUCAGCCUCCUGGUGUCCGUCUCGAGCGUGGGUGCCCUCGUGUUUACGCAGUCCCGCGAGUACAACGUCCACUAUGUCAAGGUGUCACUCGCGACGACUGCCACCAUGUGUGCUGCGUCCCUGUCCGUGUUUCUGUUGCUCAUCGGCGAGCAGAGUGACAGCGCCGUGUACAUCUUCUCCGUGGGGGCGUUCUCGCUCUGCAUCCUGGUGCUGAUGAUCACGUAUGCGCUCGUGCCGAUGCCGCUCUACAUCGUGGUCGCCAUCUGCUUCUCGUACUCGAUCGUGUUCGAGAUCCUCUCCGCGGUCCUGAUUCCAACGCUCACUGCAACGGUGGUGGCGGUGCGGGCGCUGCUCCAGUUCUGCGUGCACCUGGUCGGCCUGCACACCCGGGUCAUGACCGAGAUCGGGAUGCGCAACACCUUUUUCAAGGUCGGCCAGUCGUUGAUGGUUCGCCGCGACCUCGAGGUCGAGAAGCAGCUGAAGGAGAAGAUGAUCCACUCUGUGAUGCCGCCGAAAGUCGCUGACUGGCUCAUGGCGACGACGACGGAGGAGGACGACGACUCCGCGACGCCGUUGGAGCAGCGCAAGCCGUCGACAAGUCCGCGCCCGUCGCAAAUGAUCUUCCGCCCGUUCAACAUGCACCGCAUAGAGAACGUGAGCAUCCUCUUUGCGGACAUUGUGGGCUUCACCAAGAUGAGCUCCAACAAGUCAGCGGAGCAGCUAGUCGGACUGCUCAAUGACCUCUUUGGGCGGUUCGACUACCUGUGCGCCAAGCUGGGCUGCGAGAAGAUCAGCACCCUGGGCGACUGCUACUACUGCGUGUCAGGCUGUCCGGAGCCGCGGCCCGACCACGCUCGCUGCUGCGUCGAGAUGGGACUGGGAAUGAUCCGUGCGAUCGGCGAGUUCGACGAGGACACGGACGAGUCGGUAAACAUGCGGGUGGGCGUGCACACGGGCACGGUGCUCUGCGGUAUCGUGGGUACCAAGCGCUUCAAGUUCGACGUCUGGUCCAACGACGUGUCGUACGCCAACAAGAUGGAGUCGACGGGGAAGCCCGGACGGGUGCACAUCUCGGAGGUGACCCACGGGUUCCUGGUGGACCACUACCACAUGGAGGAAGGCUUGCCAGAUCUCAAUCGCAAGACAUAUUUCAUCAGAGGCCGCAAGGUGGCCCAGCAGAUGUCCUCCCGCCACUCGUGGCCUCACACGAUCGGUUCCGCGGAGACGGGCAAGACAAUCGACACGCGCAAGAUUAGUUGCCCAUCCAAUCAACCGGGGGACAUCGAAGAGGAAGAGGUUGCCCCGAUGCUGCCACCAGCGCACCGCCACAGCAGCCUUUCCACUCUCAACAGUAGCCGCAAGGACUCUGGCAUUAGGAGCCGUCAGAGCAGCAUGCAGGACACGCUCCUGGACAUGCCGACACCACUGUACGCCCAACGGGCCAGCGGCUACUGCUCCAGCUACACCUCGGUCGCUGAUACGGGGCGCUCCAGCGGUUCCAGUCUGCGUGGCUACAGCAUCUUCGUAGACCCUGCCUUGAUGCUCAACGAGAGCCUUUCUCGGCUACGGCACCUCCGCAAGCAGUCGGACCUUCAGAUGAUCCGCUGCAUCCAGCAGGACGCGUGCACUACGGACUACUUCAUCCGGCCGCCCGUAAACCCGUUGACGCUCUUCUUCCACGACGAGCAGAUGGAGCGCAACUACCGCCACCGCCUGCACCACCGCGACCUCGCGCCGACCAUGGCGUCGGCGUCCUUUACCACCUACUUCGACAUUUUUGUGGCACUGGGCUUCUACCUCGCCAUCAUGUUUGCCUGCUUCGUGCUCUUCGACACUCCCCUGUCGUGGCUGCUCUUUUGCCUGUUUGCCACGUGCACCCAUCUGUGCAUCUUCAUGCUGUGCAUCCGUGAGAUCCUCGCAACCCGCGGCCACUGGGUGGCGGACUGCCUUGCGCAGAUCUACCGCUACUGCACGGAGUGGUACCCGUGGCACGUGGUGGGGCUUGUCCUGGUCAGCCUGCCCAUCGGCUCCAUCUUCUCCAACUUCACGUGCGCCGGCGUCCUGUCGACGCCCGAGCGGACCAACGCCUUCUGCUACGUCGUGUUCGUCUCGCUGCUCCACUUCAGCAACUUCACGCAGCUCAACUUCUGGCUGCGUUCGAUGCUCGCCACGUGCGCCGGCGUCGUGCUCGCUCUCCUCGUGGGGCUGCCCGCGUGCCCAUGCCCGCUCAAGGACCCCGCGCGCAACGUCACGCAGCCGAUGGUCAUCUCAGAGCACGGCGUCGAGCUGCCAGGGGUCAGCUUCCACCGGGACUCGUACAGCUGCAACCAGUCGGCCAUCUACGAGAUUGUGCUGCACGUCGUGCUGAACACGGUCCUGGUGUGGCUGCUGAACCGCGAGUUCGAGAUCAGCUACCGGCUCAGCUUCCACGGGAGCGCGAUGGCAGCGCGCGACGAGCAGCGUAUCCAGGCGAUGAAGAACCAGGCAGACUGGCUCCUGCACAAUAUCAUCCCGCGCCACGUCGCGGAGCAACUCAAGAACACAUCCAAGUACUCGGAGAACCACCGCGAUGCCGGUAUCAUCUUUGCGAGCAUCGUCAACUUCCACGAGAUGUACGACGAGUCGUACGAGGGGGGCAAAGAGUUCCUCCGCGUCCUCAACGAGCUGGUUGGAGACUUCGACGAGCUCCUGUCGAAGCCCGUCUUCCGCAACGUCACCAAGAUCAAGACCAUCGGGAGCACCUUCAUGGCGGCGUCCGGGCUGAACCCCAAGCUGCGCCGUGAGAACCCACAUCCGUUCACCCACCUGUACGAGCUCAUGGACUUUGCGCUCACCAUGCAGCAGGUCAUUGAGAACUUCAACCAGAACCUGCUGGAAUUCAACUUCGUCAUCCGCAUUGGCUACUGCUAUGGGGACGUGACGGCCGGCGUCAUCGGCACGACGAAGCUUUACUAUGACAUCUGGGGCGACGCGGUGAACAUUGCAAGCCGGAUGGAUUCGUACGGCGUUCCGGGUCGCAUUCAGGUUCCUGAACACUGUCUCCAGGUGCUGCAGGAGAUGUAUGUGUUCGAGCCGCGGGGCUCCAUGUACAUCAAGGGGAAGGACAACAUGAACGUGCACCUUUUGGUCAGGAAAAAGGACAAGGUUUUAUAUAGGAUCCUUCCGUCGACGCACCGUACAAGCCUGCCUGCGACUGCUGUCACAGAAGACAAGGAGAAGACGCCGGCGGCGGCGCAGGAAUUACUGGAAGAACAGCAACAACAACCGCAGGAGUCGACGUCUGCGAGUUGUGAGAAAGAGGAGGAGGAGGUUCCGCUCUAAUGUCACUUCUUCGACCUAGGGCUCACCUGCUGCGGCCAUCAGAUGUCAAACUCUCUCAUUGCGGCCUUGCUGCUGAGGUGAAGAAAAUGUUUGUGAAAGUGAUGGAUGUGCAAGUCUGGAAUCUUGCAGGAGAUUGGAGUGGCCCGUCCAUUCUGUGCGUGGUUUUGUGCCGGAGGGGGAACGGGUCCAUGCAAAAACAUCUUUUUUUAACAACACCGACUGUUUGUGUGUCUGCGUGCAUGUGUGAGACGCGAGAUUCCGAGCUGUUGCUGACUUUUUUUGUUUUUAUAUUGGGGGUUCAAUCUCAUUGUAAGAGAUUUUAGGUUCUUGAGAUGCAUCGAGAAACUUUCUGUCGGUGGUUUUGUGUCACCGUGGCGACUGCCAAUGUCUGAAAUGUGGCCGAGCCACACGUCCUUGCAUCUUAAACGGGGAAGAUUGUAACGUGCGGGCGUGCAAUGCAAAGGUUAGCUUCUAUCGGCAGCUAAAGAAGGUUUAUGCCCGAGCAUGUUUUAGACAGAUCGUUUGUUGCAUGUGUCGAGUUCUUAGUGCGUCUGUUUUCAUGUGCAGUUGUGGUGUGCGUCAGAUUUGUGCUUGACCAUUGCAACCUAGUGAUAGUUUUCUUUUAACGAUAACGAAGGCAUUUUCAGUUGUUGGGCACAAUUGUGACGUUAUCUCAGCGCAAGAAGCUUUUGCCCUUGUUUUCGAGCGUGCCACUUGAUUUUGUGCGCUGCCCAAAUGCUUUGUACUACAACAAGUUUGUGUGAGCAGGAGGCAAAACACUGUGUUCAGGAAGCUCUUGGGCUCGCCGUCAGAUAUUUAAAGAAUGUUGUAACAUUUGUUCGUUUGCUGCCUUUGGUUACUACACGUAUGCGUGCCAACGAGGUUUCAGUGGCAUAACAGUCUCUUUUUGCAGUGCAUUCGAAGCACAUUACUUAGCCAUACUUUCAACAAGCCAAUUUGACGCAAUUAUUUGUCGGGUUUUUUUUGUGGCCAUUGUGUUCAAACUGUUGGUGUUCCAGAGCUAAAGAGACGAGCAACUGAUUCAGCUGCACCUACCGUCAUUUUAGAACGAGCUUACGAAAGGAGUGUUAUUGUAGGACGUAAUGUAGCGUACAGUGUCUAACAGGUUACGUGCCACGCUUCUUUUACUUGCUGGUGCAGCAGCCCGUCCCAGCGAUUGUGGGACGUGCAUUCUCGAAACAUCCCGACGAAGCUCCAAGACUAAAGACGAAAAGUGGCCUAACUCGGUUGAGAGACGACCCCAGCUAAACUUUGGGAGCUUGUCUGAACAAAAAUGGUUUCGUUCUAUCAAACUUGGCAUCAAGAUUUCAUGCCCUGGUUUUUGGGCCGCGCUGCAAUCUUUUUUUGGCCGGCCCGCAGCGCCGUAUGGAUUUCGAGCCAUGUCCAAACGAUGCAGAGUUUAGCUUAGGAUUCCCGCCCGACUUACUAGACCCACAGAAGUCCGCUUCGCCGAACCCUCGGGAACAGGCAUGCCUUUUGAGAAACAUGCACGUCGGAAAACGACUUAAGAAGAAAAAGCACUGCCUCCGCCGGCUUGACGCCAGACAACUCGACGUCGUUUCUGUCUGCACCGUAACAGUUUGACUCGUAUGAGCACUCCCCCUCCCUUUCCGGCGUCGGUUCUAGUCAAUUGCUUCUUUGAAGUCUGGUCCGUCGGCCCGCCUCUUCGCCGCACCGUCUGCUGCGUGUUUUUCCGCAUCUUCGCCAUUCAUGCGGCAAUUUGGAAGGUCGAGCAAGAUGCGCUUCGAGCGCUCCGGAUGCACAAUCAAACAAAAAAACAGAGGUGCUUUUCUUAACAAGCCCGCUUUCGCGUAUCGACACCUUCUUUUCUCCCGCCCGCCUCUGGCAAUCAGCACAUUACCGGUGUCGUGCUCGAUGUGCGUCUAUGCCGUCGCACGCCCGUCGCGGUUACGCCCCAAUGCCCGGAUCGCGUCUCCGAUCAGUGCGUUUCCGGCGUCCUCAAAAGUGGUCCGCCUUUUUGCAAUGCACCGAAUGUACGCAGUGAAGCUCCUCCCGACGUAGCCUGGUUCGUCCGAGGGCCACGACGCGGACGUUUUGACGCCUGGGCGGAUUUGUCCGCGGGUCUAUUGCCCGCCCCGGUUUCGCAUCGGGACGUGCGCCACCCGCACCUAGGCGGAGUCCCUCGAAUCCGGGCGUAUGCAGUAUUUUCCAAGUGCCAAUUAUCCCGAACACCGGUGGCUAAGAGAGGUUUGUCGAUGUUGUUGCUUAUAUACUUGCCAUACAAAAAUAGAAAGAAAAAAAACUUGAGGACGUUGUGUUUUGUACGACUCGCACCACCGAGGCGAUUUGGAGCUUUUUUUUUUUUCUAGUCAACGAGAUUCCAGGUGUCGUGCUUGUCAUAUAUGUGAUAUAUAUAGACCACAAUUUUUUCAUUUUUGUACGCAAUGCUACGCGCGCUGCUGCGUCUUGUCCGUUGACCGUCUUUUCCAGUCGAGCGCGCGUCGCCACGUUUGCAUAUCAUCCCUCCGUCAUUGUCGGCCUUUGAGAACAAUGUGCGUGCUUUGUCCGUUUACGUUGCGUGUUUCUGUUGUGCGUGUUGUGUUUUUAAGUGUACAAUUUUGUUUUGUUUUUUGUGGCUUUUGAAUGGGAUUUUUUUUUUGGCCAACUUGACGGUUUACUUACUCAUUUAGGUUACCGCAAAGAUCAAAUAUUUCUGCGAUGGGCUUUUUUUUUUUUUGUUCUUUUGUUGGUACUGCAUCGUUGUUGCGAUAGUUGUUGAUGUUGGGAGAUUCUGUCAACAUUAUUUCUUUGUUGUUUUAUUGCCAAUUUAAAGAAUUUUAAAAGACGGUCUCAAAGUUAUGUGAAAAAAAAGAUAUUUAAAUUUUUAGGUGUACAUAUCUAUUUGCGGCCUCGACGGCUGUUAAAAGAAUACUGUGACUCCCAUUUCUUUGCCAAGUGUUUUUUUUGUUGUAUGUACAGCACAGGUAUAAUAUAACUGUUUUUGUAUGUUCAUAGGAAAAUGCCUAAAUAAAUUAUUUAUUCGUUUGUACCUCCA